UGGACAUCCGGGUCGCCGAUCCAAAACAUCAGAACCUGUCAAAAACUGUCGGCCGGUGCGGGCAGGUCGCGGUCAGUGAAGAGUGCAGUGGUCGCGCUGUCUCGUGUCGGGCCCCAGGGUCGAAAGUGCCCCUCGCCGUUAGAUCUGGCCGUUAACUGGGUUCGUGAAACGUCAAGAAACAAGCUCCUCGCGCUGAAAUCGUCGAACAAGCAACCCAACAGCACCGACUGCACUCCGUCGCCGUGUCACACAACUCAUCUCCAAGACUCAGUGUUUUCUCGGCCAGCCUCACAUCCUUGCAGUGUUCUUGACAGGCGGACAGUUCUACUGCAUCUCCGAUUCUCUGACCGCGCGUCGUCUCAGUCGUCCCGUUCAGCCUGUCGGCAGUUUCGCAGCCAUGACUUUCGAAGCCAAGGCCCCCUCUAGCGACCCGGUCAUCAACGCCAGCAAAGCCGCGUCGCUGCGCAGUGCACCGGUGCAGCUGAGGGAAGGCGUUCACACCUUCUUGUCGCUGGCCAAACUCAACCCCGAUCUGCACCCUGCCGUACUUGCAGCCAUUCUAGCGAGGCCAGCCUGCGAGAGACGUUCAUUGCUGGAGGCAGCGCGCGCCUCGACGGAGAGCAAACUCUCGGGCUGCAGUCCGGAGCAGGGCAAGCAGGGCAAGCAGGCCGCCAGCCCCGCGGACACGCUGUCGUCGGACUCUGACGAGGUGUGGGAGGACGCCGUCGAGGACCUGGACUGCGCGGCCAAGAAACAGCAGCAGGACCAUGCCGUGGACAUGGCGACAGUGGUGGUCGGCGACAAGGUCGACGACGGCGAGCUGGAGCGCCUGGAGCGAGACGCGGCCGACUUCCAGCGUGCCUGGCAGGAGACGCGCCAGCUGGGGGCGUGGACGCGCUACACGGAGUGCCGCAAGAAGCUGGCCGAGCUGCGCGAGAGGGCGAAGCGCGCCCGGAACAUCGACGAGGAGCGCACGCAGCAGGAGGCCAAGUGGUCGCAGCUGGAGGCGCUCAGGGAAGUCCACGAGCGGCGGCUGGCCGAGCUGAACCGGCGGCGCGAGCGGCUGCGCCUGUCCCGGCAGUACCACGAGCAGACGCGCCUCCACCACGCGCAGCUGGCGCAGUCGCAGCUGCAGCAACAGCUGCGCGACCUGGAGCAGCGGCAGCAGGCGCGCCGCCUGCAGCACUUGCAGCGCAUGCAGCAGCUGAUGGCCGAGCUGGCCGAGGAGCGCGCCGACAAGCAGCCGCUGCGCCGGUCCGCCUCGGAGCCCUCCACGACGUCGCCCUCCCCGGCGUCCAGCGCGUCCAGCAGGGCCACCGCGGGCAGCGCGGCGCAGGACGACGUGUUUACGCACAUGUGGGACGACUUCAGUCACUGGGAGAAGAUGGUGAACGACGACAAGGAGAACGCGGACCCCGCGGACGCCACGCCGAGGCCCGCCAAGGCCUGCAGCAGCGCGUGCAGCGCCGUGGCCUUCGGCAACCCGCCGGACCUGAUCCCCGUCAUCCCCGUCAUGCCGUCCUCCGCCGCGGGCGCCGGCGUCUGGGGCCAGAAGAGCGUGGGCGGCAACCAACACGGCAACCCCCACUACGGCCGGCGGCACAGCGUCGCCGUCGACGGAUUCGAAGAACGCAAGAAGUGGUUCGAAGAGGCGCUGCUUUCUUGGCACGCCCAGGGCGACGAGGAGGACUUCGGCACGUCGUCGUUGACGUCGUCGGCGCGGCCCCGCAUGGACGCCAUCGGCGACGGACGGAGCCAGCGCCGCGACGCCUCGCCCUGGCACACUGUGCCCUGGCACACUGUGCCCUGGCACCACGCCGCCUGGUCCGCCUGGACCGGCCCCGCCACCAGCACCUACUGACGUGCUGCAAGUUCCCCUUUACGAUCUCAAAGGACCAAUGAAUUAUUUUGAAUGCACUUAUGCUUUAUGUUCGGAGACUGAUGGUUUAGUUUUACAAAGUGAUUUUUUCUAUUUUUAAUUUUUGAUUUUUAGUUUUGCCGGUAGUUCUGGCGCAUUUUCUUGAUUUACUUUUAAAAGUGCAAGAUUCAUGAUUUUAUGACUAAACAUGUGCCCACAUGGUAUAUUUUUAUUUUUAUUAUUGACUAAAGUGGUGACUUUCACCUUCGCAAUAUGUUUCAAUUUUUGUGUUUCUUUUGAACUUGCAUUCCAAAGAACCGUCCAAGUUUGCUAAACGCCAACGUAUAGAUUAAAUAAAAAAAUGAAUUUUUAGAUAUGA